UGUUUUUAUACUAUUAUUUUAAGAACUGCGGCGCACAAGGCGGCACAUCAUCCACGCACGCCGGCAUUCCUUCCCCGGUGGGCACCAUUUUUUAGCUGAAAUUGUGUUCCUCGGAGCUCUCUCUCUUUCUCUAUCUCGGGUUGGGAGAUCUUUCCGUGGGGAUCAAGGGGAACUUCCCUGGCUUCGGACAAUGGGAUAAUUCUAGGGUGUAUCCAACCCUAUGCUAUUGUAAAGUGAGAACCAUGUCUCGCCAAGCAACCUCUUCCCAUUUCCACAAAUCCAAGACCCUCGACAACAAAUAUAUGCUUGGAGAUGAGAUUGGGAAAGGUGCAUAUGGACGAGUUUACAAAGGUUUAGACUUGGAGAAUGGAGACUUUGUUGCCAUUAAACAAGUUUCUUUGGAGAAUAUUGCUCAGGAGGAUCUCAACAUUAUAAUGCAAGAGAUUGAUUUACUCAAGAAUUUGAAUCACAAAAACAUUGUGAAGUAUCUUGGGUCUUUAAAGACUAAAACUCACCUUCACAUAAUUCUUGAAUAUAUGGAGAAUGGCUCAUUAGCCAACAUUAUUAAGCCAAAUAAAUUUGGAGCCUUUCCAGAAUCAUUGGCAGCUGUUUACAUUGCUCAGGUCCUGGAAGGCCUGGUUUAUCUGCAUGAGCAGGGUGUUAUUCAUCGGGAUAUUAAGGGUGCAAAUAUAUUGACAACCAAAGAGGGUCUUGUCAAACUUGCUGAUUUUGGGGUUGCAACCAAGCUGACUGAGGCAGAUGUUAAUACCCAUUCUGUUGUUGGAACACCAUAUUGGAUGGCCCCUGAGGUGAUUGAAAUGUCGGGAGUUUGUGCUGCAUCUGACAUUUGGAGUGUAGGCUGCACAGUUAUUGAGCUUCUUACUUGUGUACCUCCUUACUAUGAUCUCCAGCCUAUGCCAGCUCUCUUCCGUAUUGUGCAGGAUAGUCAUCCUCCAAUACCAGAUAGCCUAUCUGCCGAGACCACUGAUUUUUUGCGCCAGUGCUUUAAGAAGGAUGCUAGACAGAGGCCUGAUGCAAAGACAUUGCUUUCGCACCCGUGGAUACAGAAAUGUAGGCGUGCUUUGCAGCCCUCUCUCCGGCAUGGUGGAGCAAUGAGAAAUAUACAGAAGGAUGUUUCUGUGCAUGCUGAGAUGCCAAAUGGAGAUGAGCAGAGCAUUGUUGGAAGCCCUGUUGUAGAGAAAGUUGAAAUGGUUGACUCCGAAUUAGGAACUGACUCCAGAAAAGAGUUAUCACUAACAGAGGUGGAUUUGACCAAAUCUGACAAGGAUCACAGUUUCAACUGUAAUAUUGUGGAGGAAAGAGCAGACAAUUCAGAAGAUGAUGCUUUGUCAGAUCAAGUUCUGACUUUAGCCAUCCAUGAAAAAUCAUCCAUGCAAACUAAUUCUGGUAGACUAUCUUCUUGUGAUAGGGAUGGCGCUUUUAUGCCCCCUUAUCCAACUGGGCUUAAUGAUGUGUCAGAUGCAGGUGACCAGGAAGAAGCGCUAGUGAAUGGCGAAAUGGGAUCUCCUGAGUGGGGUAGGAAAGUGAUUGUCAGUAGGAAACAUGAAGGAAAUGGAAGUUCUGUCCAUGUUGAGAAUAGAUUACUCAGUUUCAGAUCAGGGAACCAAGAUGCUAGUGAUCAAAAGGCUACAAAGAUGCCAAGCAUUUUGGGAGCAAACGAGUUAAGUAGAUUUAGUGAUAGUCCAGGAGAUGCUUCCCUAGAUGAUUUAUUCCAUCCACUGGAUAAACAUCCAGAGGAUGGGGCAGCUGAGGCUUCAACAUCUGCAUCUUCAUCGCAUGUGAACCAAGGAAAUGCUGUUGCAACUGAUGCUGGAAAAAAUGACCUAGCAACAAAGUUAAGGGAUGCAAUUGCUCAAAAACAAAUGGAAAAUGAAAUGGGGCAGAGAACUGGUGGUGACCUUUUACGGCUAAUGAUGGGCAUUUUGAAAGAGGACGUGAUUGAUAUUGACGGUUUGGUUUUUGAUGAAAAAUUGCCUGGAGAAAACCUUUUUCCCCUACAGGCUGUUGAGUUUAGCAGAUUAGUUGGGUCAUUGAGGCCUGAGGAAUCAGAAGAUGUGAUUGUGUCCUCCUGUCAGAAACUGACUGCUUUCUUUCACCAACGACCUGAGCAGAAAAUUGUAUUUGUUAGCCAGCAUGGUUUGCUUCCUUUGAUGGAAUUACUUGAAGUUCCUAAAAAUCGUAUUAUAUGUUCUGUGCUUCAAAUUAUUAAUCAGAUAAUAAGAGAUAACACUGAUUUCCAGGAGAAUGCUUGUCUUGUUGGCUUGAUCCCUGUUGUGAUGAGCUUUGCCGUGCCUGAUCAGCCUCCUGAGAUUCGUAUGGAAGCGGCAUAUUUCUUGCAACAGCUUUGUCAGUCCAGCUCCUUGACCCUUCAAAUGUUCAUUGCUUGCCGUGGAAUACCUGUUUUGGUGGGCUUUCUAGAAGCUGAUUAUGCGAAGUACAGGGAAAUGGUUCAUCUAGCCAUUGAUGGCAUGUGGCAGAUCUUCAAGCUUCAGCGAUCAACGCCUAGAAAUGAUUUUUGUCGCAUAGCUGCAAAGAAUGGGAUAUUAAUUAGGCUUAUCAACACACUUUAUAGCUUGAAUGAGGCAACUCGGCUAGCUUCCAUAUCUGGCGGUGGUAAACUUCCUUUAGAUUCUUCAGCUCCGAGACCACGUUCUGGUCCAUUAGAUUCUAGCCAUCCCUCUUUCAUUCCGAAUGAGACACCAGUUUCUAUAACUGAUCAGCCUGAUCUUCUUAAGGUUAGGCAUGGUGGCAUUGACCUUACCCCACCAUCUGGCACACAGGACCCCUCACGUUUUUUGGCUCCGCAUACCCAAAGAUUAGAUGCCAACAAAUUAGAAUCCAGAUACUCUCCAGUGGAUGCUGAUAGACCUCUAGUAAGCAAUGUCACAUUGGAAACUUCUGCUGUUUCUAAAUUUCCAGACUCAACAUCUUUAGAGAAAGUUGCAAAUAUAGCAGCCAAGGAAACUUCACCAACUAAUUCUAAAGAACGAGAAAACUUUGAUCGAUGGAAAGGUGAUUUUUCUCAAGCAGAUGUUGACAUUAGACAUCGACGUUUUUCUCAUUCUACUAGGAUCUCCACUGAUAAGCCUCCAAGAUUGGCAGAAGGUGCGUCAAAUGGUUUUCCUCCGCAAGAGCAAGUUCGGCCUCUUCUUAGCUUGCUGGAAACGGAGCCUCCUCGAAAUUUCUCUGGUCAGCUGGAGUAUGUUCGCCACCUUUCUGGGUUGGAGAGACAUGAAAGCGUACUGCCUUUAUUACAUGCAUCUACUGAUAAGAAAACGAAUGGUGAACUGGAUUUUCUGAUGGCAGAAUUUGCAGAUGUCUCUAGGCGUGGCAGAGAAAAUGGAAAUCUUGACUCAACUACUAGAAUUUCGCAUAAAACAGUAAACAAGAAAGUAGGUCCCGUGGCUUCUACUGAUGGACCUGCAUCAACAUCUGGUAUUACAUCUCAGACAGCAUCAGGUGUGCUGUCUGGUUCUGGCGUUCUUAGUGCUCGGCCUGGGAGUGCAACAUCAUCUGGGUUACUUUCCCAUAUGGUGUCAACACUGAAUGCUGAUGUUGCCAGGGAAUAUCUGGGAAAGGUGUCUGACCUGCUGCUUGAAUUCGCCCAAGCGGACACCACUGUAAAGUCCUAUAUGUGUAGCCAAAGCUUGCUGAGCCGUCUUUUCCAGAUGUUCAAUAAAAUAGAGCCCCCUAUUCUUUUGAAGUUACUGAAGUGUAUCAAUUGUUUGUCAACCGACCCAAAUUGCUUAGAAAAUCUUCAGCGGGCCGAUGCGAUCAAAUAUUUGAUUCCAAAUCUUGAACUAAAAGAAGGGCCCCUUAUAUCUCAAAUACAUAGCGAGGUCCUCUAUGCUCUAUUCAACCUAUGCAAGAUAAAUAAGAGAAGACAGGAACAGGCUGCUGAAAAUGGAAUCAUUCCACACUUGAUGAAUUUUAUCAUGUCAGAUUCUCCUUUGAAGCCGCAUGCACUGCCUUUGUUGUGCGAUAUGGCCCAUGCAUCACGUAACUCGAGGGAGCAACUAAGGGCCCAUGGUGGUUUGGAUGUUUACUUGAGUCUACUUGAUGAUGAGCUUUGGUCUGUGACGGCAUUAGAUUCAAUUGCUGUUUGCUUGGCUCAUGAUAAUGACGACCGGAAAGUUGAACAAGCAUUACUGAAGAAGGAUGCAGUUCAGAAAUUGGUUAAGUUCUUCCACUGCUGUCCAGAGCAACAUUUUGUUCACAUAUUGGAACCCUUCUUGAAAAUUAUCACGAAAUCAUCUCGAAUAAAUACGACACUAGCUGUUAAUGGCUUGACACCAUUGCUUAUUGCAAGGCUUGACCAUCAGGAUGCAAUUGCUCGUCUCAAUCUGUUGAAAUUAAUCAAGGCUGUUUAUGAACACCAUCCACGGCCAAAGCAACUAAUAGUGGAGAAUGAUCUACCUCAAAAACUUCAGAAUCUGAUUGAGGAGCGCAGAGAUGGGCAGCGCUCUGGAGGUCAAGUUCUGGUCAAACAGAUGGCUACUUCACUGCUUAAAGCACUACAUAUCAACACCGUUCUGUAAAUUCGCGUCUUUAAUUUUCUUCCUGCCAAAUUUUUGGUCAUUUAGGGAAUAUAGUUUGCAACCCCACUCCCCCAACACAGAACUCUUCUCCCUUUUUGUUCUUGCUUGUUUCCUUCUCUCAAUUCUGCAAUCGCGUUGGGAAAUUAGAUGUCAUUUUCUGGGAUAUCUUCUAAAUCCUAAGGCCUGCUUUUCUUCUCUUUUCCUUUUUUGUUAUGGUUUACUGAGCUGUCAAGGUUACUGUUUCUAUUCUAUCCUCAUUUUGCUGGGUUUCUCUGAACUUGCUCAGCUGUGUAUAAUGUAUACUUCUGUGCUGAAAAUGAAAUAUAAAUACAUUUAAUUUGUUU